AGAGUAAUUCAACAAUUUGAAAAAUUGAUGUUUUAUUUGACAAAAAUAUAUUAAUUUUUAGAGUUAUAAAACUGAACAGAUGAACGUGCCACGUAUUUGCCUACAUAGAUUUUCUUUUUACAAGUUUUGAAAGGUUUGGUUGGCUGUGUUUGGUUGAGGGGCAGAUUUUGAGGAAUUCUGCGUCUUCUUUUUAGAUGGAAUAUGGGAUCUGGGGUCUGCACGCCGCGGGCGGACUUUGGGGCGAUCCGCGGCUCGCCGGAAGACAUCCUAUCCUUCCGCCGGGAGCGACGCAAAUGGUACCAAGAGCAGCUUUUGCUCUGAGUGCCCUUCAACGAUCUUCUGACAUGAUACCACUUCCUUUGACUGCCAUUGGUCCGCCUUAUGGGGCUAUGGAGUUAAUUUCGAAACCGUCCGAAGACUCCGAGGAAUCUGACAAAGCCUCCAGGGAUCAAGCCUCACGUAAAUCAGAAGACAACGAAAGCAGCAUCGAAAAAGAUGAGGACGAAAAUGACAAUCAGACGGGAGUUACGACAAUGAACAACGAAAACGAAGAUGCAGAGGAGGAUAGUGACGAUAGAAGUACAACUAGCAGUUCGCAUCGAUCAGCCAAUAAUAAUUUGUCCUCAAAAUCACCGGAUCCCAUUUCCUACCUGAUGCUUGAUAAGGAUGAUACUGUGACACCUGUAUUAAAUGGCUGGGUUUUGGGUGCUUAUACAGCAAUGUUGGGAAGACUUUCGGCUGCAACCGCGGCUCUCGAAGCCACCGAAAUACCUAACAUCCUCUCUGACAGUGAUUCAGACAGUGACCACUCUUCUUACACUGAAAAGUCUGGUAAGAGCAGUCCAGACCAAGGAGCGCAUCGUGGAUAUUCCUGUAGGUCUUGCGACGUUGUUGCACCUUCGAGACCAGCCUUGAGAAAACACAUCUUACAGAGUCAUCCCUUCUUGGCGAAAAGUGACUCAGGUGAAAUGAAAAAAUGCCCUUCUUCCGGUUGUGACUUUACCACGACAAGUAGAUGCGAAUUUGAAACUCAUGUGGCGAACCACGUGACACAGGGCGUCACACCCACGGGGAAAAAACGCACCCUGGCACUCCAACGCGUCAGGUAUAGAUACGAGAGAGAGGAGUAUCGAUGUUCUUUGUGCUCAUAUGCUUGUACGAUUGAGAAGGCUUUCCAGAGACACUUAAGGGCACACGCGAAAGGAUCAGCACCGGAAACGAGGGUGAGCUGUGCUGUCUGUGGAGCUGACAGAUCCUCGGAAGUUGACCUAAGCAAACACAUGAGAAGGCAUCGUGAUGAUAGAUACUUCUGCUGUGACAUUUGCAUCUUCCGCACGGUUCAGCUAAAAAAGUUAAUUCAACAUCGUCGGAUGCAUACCGGAGAGAAACCUCACUUGUGUCCACAUUGUGCUUACAGAAGUGCAAGACGUGAUAAUUUGCGAAGUCACGUGCGAAGGGUGCAUAAAAAGGAAAAUCUCUAUUGCGAUACGUUUAGUCCCAGAGGGAUGUUGAUUGCUCCAACGAUCAGGGAAGUUACAGCAGCAGUUGAGAUUCCUGUCUCAUCGCCUUCCUCGCCAUCUUCCAAUCCGGAAACGGCAAACUAGCGAAAAUCUAAUACCAGGUGAUCGUCCUCGCCGAAGGAGGAUUUCCGUCCGACGACUCCGUCGGAAAACAGUUUUACACGUCCUAAAUUUCGUCAAUAAGCGACCUAGGUGUUCCGUAGAACGGGAAGAACUUAUCAUUUCAAAUAUCUUAUUUUCUCAGUUGUUUGUGAUUAUCUCGAGAGCUGUUAGGACUAUCGGAAAAUUUUUGCGGAUGUUGGAUUUAGCGUUAAGAAACGCAUUGAAAUCAUGUCUCAUAUGUUUAAAAAAUAUCUGCUUAUUUUAUACAAUUAUUUCAAAAAUUAACAAAAAAAUUAGGAUGAAAGUAUAUUUUCAAGAAGAACCGGUGAAAAACGAAUGGAGGCCAGAUUCAAAUUUAGCGCAAAAAAUGACUUCGGAAAUUAUGCAUUUUAUUCAACAGAUGCAUAUGUGACAGGUUAUUAAUCAAUUUUAUUGCGGAAUUGGGCACUUGGCAAUUUCUAUAUUGAAAAGAAGAUACUUUUAAACCAUUCGAGAAAUAAUUUUAAAUCUAAAUCUCAUAAUCUCAAGUUUAAAAGAAUUUAGGUGAUCCCAGCUUCGUGAAAAAGCUUAAAAAAUUAAAAAUGUUUUAUUUCAUUUUUCACUGAAUUUAUUGUACUCACAUAAUUGUUUUUCGCUUAUCGUAUUUUUCAGAAAUUCUCCUAUUUUUUAAAUUUAAUCUCAAUGGUGUUCUUCCCACAGAUAGCAUAACAUUUAAUCAGUUUAUAUGGUAUGCAUGCACAUGUCGAUAAUUUAUUAUAAAUCUUUGAUUCUAACGAGAUCUUAUAUUAUAUAUUAUUAUCAUUAAGGCAGUUGAUUACGAAUCAAGAACUGACCGAUUAAUCACGUCUCGUCGUGCUAGAAUCGUAGACUGGAUUAAAGAGGAAGACUGAAACGAAGAGAGAAACUCUUAAACAUGACUUUUCCAACUCUUCGAGGCUUUUAUGAUUAGUAAUAACGUUGGUUACGAAGACUACGAUUCUGCCAGAGCACCCGGCUGCGAGAAAGAAUAACAAUUUAUCGCAAUGUCCGUCCAAGUUUUUGCGAUUUUACAUUCGCAAUACGACGAUUAGCGAUAAGAAUUAUAUACUUGAAGCAUAUUUGAUAUUGUUUCUGAUUUUUUCUCAAAAUUCAUGUAGACUCUCUGAUUUUGAAUCUCGUUGGUGCUACCAUUUGAAGACUGAAUAGGGGAUAAAUAAAAAAGGAAAGAUGAUAAUGGAUUCCGAAAAUUGGCUCUAUCGAUGUGAACUAAUAAAUAAUAAAUCCUCUCAUUUCACGGGUUCUCUGGCAUGUGAAAAGGAACAGUGCUAUUUUGCAAAAUCAUUUUCGCUCGAAUAUCCUCUUUAACAAAUUAUAAUUCCGAUUUGAACUAUUUCUUAAUUAUUGAAUAACGUUAUUAUUCUUAUUAAGAUGAUUAGAGUUCUUAUGAUUAUUCUUCCAAAAAUUUAUUCAACCCUUAGUAUAAUCAAUAUGAUACAUUUGCCAACUACUGUCUCUAUAUUAGAAUGUUUGUAGAUUUAAAAAAAUCACGAUCCAUUCUGCACCGCUGUUUUUUCUCUCAGGACCCUUAAUGUUCCCUGAAAUGGUCGUAUUGUCGACGACAAGUACGAGAAAAAGAAAGAUACAAGUAAUUAUAAAAAAAUAAAUGUGUGUCAAUUUUUAAUGUAUCAUAAAACUUCAUUCUAGUCGAAUAUCGUGAUGAGGAGCCACUUUCAGCAGAAACUGGGUGUCCAUAUACAUUUAUAUAAUACUAUAAUAUUAUUAUGGUUACGUUAUCGACAUACCUCACAGUGAAAAAUAUGGGAAAAAAUUCGAGCCACGUGACGAUUUUAAUCAAAUCAUUAAAAAAAAAUUUCUAUUCAUCUCUAAAAAUGUUAUAUUCAAUAUUUCCAGUGAGAAAAUUAUUAUAACUACCUGUAUAUAUUUUUUAAUUAACCAUGAAACGACUUGCCUCAACAUCAGUGGAAAUUGUUCGAAAAUAACGCAGGACUAUACAAUAUUUUCGGGAGUCUGCAUAGAGUUGACUAGGUGUACUUUUUUUUGGGGUGGCUGAAUACGAAUCCAUCUUUAGAAUCACUGGAAAUAUUAAAUUUAACAUUUUUAAAGAAGAAUAAAAAAAUCAUUGUUAUUAUUUGAUUAAAAUCGUCACGUGACUCGAAUUAUCACCCAUAUUUAUCACUGUGUACCGCCGUUUUAUGGACGACUUUACGUUUCGAAACAAUCGAUCUGAUUGUGAAAAUUGGCUUUACAUUCUGUUAAGAUUUAAUUAAUUAUUUUAGUUUCAUGAAUUCAAAAAUCAGAAAGGGGGAUCCAAUUGUAAAUACACCUUAUACCAAUUUUAUCUUUUGAAAAUUUUUCAAUGAGAUUAUCCUCGAUUUUGUCUAUACUUAGCAAAAUAAUUAAGAAAUCAGAUUACGGGUUUCGAAAUGUGGAUUUUGGUCCGUUCAAGUGUAUACGUCGGAUUUUUCCGAUACCUACGAAUCGAUUUUUCGUGGGAUUGCCUAAGUAUUUAACUAUAUGUGUACAUCUGUAAAGCGAUAAUGAAUAGCGAUACUUCGGGUGCGAUAAUUUCUUGCUUUUGAUAUAUAUUGUAUUCGAAAUGAUAUUUUAUAUUUGUACGCUAUUUUAUUGCAUUGCAGCUCAGCGCGCAAUUUUAUACGCAUGAUUUUACAUGGCGGACAACGCCAAUUAUUGUUAACGAUGGCCGCCGAUGAAAAGAGGCGAAAAACUUUAUUGUAUAAUGCCAAUCGCAUAAAAAAGCAUUGUCGGAUCCAAAGCUUUGCAGUAUUUUGUGAUGUGAUAUUCUUAUUUAGUGUGAUAUUCUUAAUCAUUGGCUCCAAUGGUUAGUUGAUUAUAAACAGUUUCUUUCUUUUAGUAACGAAUAUUAAAUUAAUGGGCUGAAUUUAGGCAACGAAAUUAGGUGGACAUAAAGAGGAAUUUAAAAAAAUUAGAAUUUGCCGGCAUGCGGUUUCGUUGUCUCUGUAUAACUAUCUCAUAUUCUAUACAAUUGUAUAUUAAUUCGGGACUUAUUAUAUUAACAUAAUUAUUAUUAUAUUAUAAAUGUUGUGCCACAAUUUAACGAAACAUUACGUGCCAAACAAAGACAUAAGAUUUUUUGAAGGAUUUUUUCCUUCUUAAAAAAUCAGUCGAGGAUCGUGCACUUGGUGAAAAAAACUCUUUGAAGUUUAUUACAACAAAUAUUAACUAUUCGAGAUUUUAGUAUAUUUAGUUUCUGUUAAAGUGGUUUGAGAAUCAUUUUAAAAAUUGAGAGCAUUUUUCACCAAGAAGCUGGACAGAAGCUAGUUGUUACAAUCUUUUAACUGUUGAAAUUUUGCUGUAGCUCGUAAGUGUCCUGACUUAUACCUUACAUAAACUACAUGAUAAUAUAUUCUAUAUUAAUGUUUCUUAGAUUUAACGUUUUGAGAGAUCUUUUAAAUGAAAUCAUGUUCAAAAUGUCUAGGUAUAGAAGUUUAUUUAAUUGCUUUAAGAUACUUACACAAAUAUUUUUGAAAAUUUAAAUUAUAACGACUUAAUUAAUGUUGUGUGUUAUUUUAUUGCUUUUAUAUUUUUACAAUGAGGAGUGUUGAAAAACAAGUGAUAGGGAAGUUAAUUUAGUUUUGAACGUGAAAUUCAAGUAAAGGAUCUUCGUGAAAGGAACACGUCUUAACAUUAAUACAAUCUAAAUGUGAUAAUAUAUUUGCUAUUUAAAUUACAAUGUAAUGACUAUUACAUAUAAUAUAUUAUAUAGAUAUAUGUAAUGACUAUUACAUUUAUAACACUCUACACACAAACAAAAACAAUUGAAAGGAAAUCUGUGAAUUUUUUAAAGCCUAUAGAUUUUUUACUCAAACUGAAAAAAUGAGAGUCUUCAAUCAAAACUUUUCCUGGUUUAACAAAAAAUAACAAUUUGCU